AUGAUCGCAGAAAUUCCCAAAGAUAAUUCCAAGGCGUUCCAAUCGGUAGCGACUUUGAGCUCAGACUCCCCAGUGUCCUCGUCGCCCUCCCCGGAAGCCGGUCGGCUGCUGAGCAGGAGGCGGGACGCGCGCGCUUGCGGCAGCGGCGGCAUCCGCCCGGAGGACAGCGGCAGCAUCCGGCCGCUGGUGUCCGCCGGCCGCGUCAUGACAUCGGCCGACUUCGCUCAUGCGGGAGCCCCGCUACUGGCCGCUCGCUCCAUCCGGAGCCUUCUGUACAAGCUCCUGUGCUUCCUGCUCCUCAUCUUGCAGGGCGGUGUUUUGGACUUCUACCUGAUCGCGUUCACAGACCUGUACUGGUGCUCCUGGAUCGCCACGGACCUGGUGGUGGUCUCCGGGUGGGCUAUUUUCUUCGUGAAGAACGCGCGCGGCAAGCGGGAGCGGGCCUGCGGCUUCCACCAGAAGGGCUCCGCGUACGGCGGCUGCAAUCUGGGCGAGUUCACCUACGCGUACCUGGCGUGGCUCGUCCACGUCAUUGCAUUUACCCCCAAGGUGGCGCUCGUCCUGGAAACCUCCAUCCUGGACCACGUCGCCACAAAGGCGCCAUUCGGUUUGACCGGCCUCAAAAUCGUCAUUCUUCUCUCCGCACCGCUGCUGUUCUGCCUCAUCAACGCCAUCAUCGAGGAUCUGAACGGGGCUACCAGGCACCACUCGCAAAGCUGCUUCACCUCCACCUGCCUGGAUCUAAUCGACAGCUUCUCCCUGGUGGAGGCGCUGCUCCGGAGCGAGAUCCCGAUCCCCAUCCGGUACCUGGAGUACACCGUGAUGACCGUCUACUUUGUGGCUCUGGCCGCUCCAGUCGUUUGGCUGUACGGGCUCACCGCGUCGGAGCUCCGGUGCCGAUGGCUGUGGGCUCGCUUCUUUUCAGCGGGCCUUCUGGUCAACGCACCCUUGCUGGUGGUCCGCUGCUUCCAGGUUUACGUGUACGAGGGGCCCAUAUCGGUGUUCAUGUUCAAGAACGUCUUCUUCCUGGCGUGCAGCGUGCUGGAGCUGGCCGAACAGUGCGUGGCCGUGCGCGGUGUCCGAAAGAGGCUGGCCGGUGGGAGUCACCAUCAGGCCCACUUCUCGCACGGAGUGUCCGAAAACGACAUGUGUCCGCACGGAUACGUCAACACCCUGGCAGUGGCCCAAUCUUAG